GAACAACGCGACGAGGUUCAUUUCAUUCCUCAAGCACUCUUUCCCAUUCUCUUUCCAUCUCGUCGUCUAUAGACUACCUACUCCCAGAAACUACUUGAUAAUCGUCGCUGUUUGCUGUGGCAGUUUACACACCAGCUGUUGUCUCAACUCGAAACGCCCAUCGAUCGACGUGUCUCCACCCCUCUUCUCCUUGCUUUAGCCCCGCCAUCGUCAUCUCUAUCUUCCCUAUUUACUUAUUUGUUCAUCCACACACUACACACCACUUAUUUGCUCUCUCUCUCUCUCUCUCUCUUUCACGUACACACGCCGCCCGCCAACACCAUGUCCGACCACCAAUACAAGUUCAACGUCAGCAUGAGCUGCGGCGGUUGCUCCGGUGCCGUGGAACGAGUCCUGAAGAAGCUUGAGGGUGUCAAGUCCUUCGACGUCAACCUGGAAUCCCAAACCGCAAUCGUUGUCACCGAACCUUCUGUGCCCUACGAUACCGUGCUGGCUACGAUCAAGAAGACUGGAAAGACGGUCAACAGUGGAGAGGCUGAUGGCCAGACCAUGAGUGUCUAAAGAAAGAAAAGAAAAGGGAAAACGAAAAAAGAAAGAGCAAAAUCAGGAAAUCAUAUGGAGCCCGGGGUUGGCCUUGUGAAGGUGACGAAGCUUUCGUCCGAAGGGGACAGUGUUAUGCAUGCAUAUAUUGAAAGAAUGGGAGAAGGGGCUACUGCUUUGGGUAGUGUUGCGAGAUACCCUGAUAUUCCUGACCUGCUGCUGCUGUCUGCAAGGUUGUAUAUAGCGCAAUUAUUUGACUACGUUCGUAUCGGUUUGUGAUUGACCUUCGAGGGUGAUUUGUUUGUCUGUCCGCUGCCUGCGCAAUGUGUCUGCUAACGCUGUGGCUGGUGAUGACGACGACUUCUGCGGGUAUACGCGUAAGAGACACGAGUGCAUGUAGUAGUGCUCUAAACUCAGAGUAGCUGCGUGA